UAUUUGUCAAAAUAUUGCAAAAUCAUCGAUUUUUGGCGAACAAACAUUGGUUUACGAUCUAGAAAGAGACUUACGUGGUUUAUAUUGCAUAAUAUACUGCCGUGUAGGUGAUUAUUUACAAAUGUGAUUCAUGUUAUAUUUCGGAUAUUACCUGUCUUAAUAUACUUACAAUAACAUGACAGCAGUAGUGUGUUAUAACACAGAAACAUAAAUGUAUCGGAUCAUACAAAACCAGGUACUCAGAUGUACGUACAUACAUCUAUUUGCAUGUAGAUCCUUGGAGAGGUUUUAAAACAAAAUGUCAGGCGAUAUUGAAAAUGACUUUGACAGCUCUGAUCGUCUGCUGUAUGAAAAGGACCUCGAGACGGACGUUCAUGGAGAUGCAGACGACAUCCCUGGCGCUCGUGAAAGACUUUUAGAACAGUCUGAAAAGGAGAAGCGUUCAUCGGGAGAUGAAAUACACGUGGAAUGUUCUGACGAAGAAAGUGUUCAGCAAAUGUUGAGAGCUUUAGUUGACGAUGAAAACCGAAAAGAUUUGAUCAGGAAUAAGGACAUAGGGACGGAUAUUUCUCAGGAGUCACCUAGUGAUACUAUUGAAAAGCAAGGCUUGCGGACAGGAGCGACAGGAAGUGAGACCAAGAAUGUUUCUAGUGCCAGUUUUGCUGAUAUCAAGAAAGUGAAAUUACAUUUAGAAGUAUCAAGCGAUGCGUCGACUUUACAUGUUCCACAGACGACUGCCAAACGUCCAAUGUCGGCAGUUGCGCUGGAGAGGCGCCAACGCGCACAAAAACUCCUCCAGAAGCACAACUCGCAGAAGGGCAAAAUAAUAUGUGGAAUUUAUUGCAUUAUUUUUAUCUUAGCAAUCGGAGUCGGAAUGCUUUUUCUUGCCUACUUGUUAGGAAUGAAUGACCUGUAUAUCGUGGGUGUGGUGUUCAGUGUCGGUGGGGUGGUGUUUGCCCUGGGGUUUGUCUUCGUUCGCUGUUGUAUCAAGUACGACGACGUGGACUAUUCGUCCCUUUAUGUAGACAAAGUGUGAUGACAGAUGCCUUUACUUUUUAAUACAAAUCAACAUGAGUGUGGUUUAUAACAACUUGUUAAGUUGUAUAGAUGUGUUUCCGACUCACAUAGAAACAUAACUGGUGCUGACUGUAACACUUGCUAUUUCGACUUGCCGAUGCUAAAGUGAUCAAUUAAAGCGAGUAUUGAUGCGAGUAUUGAUGACCAACCAUAGAUUGCCAUAACCCGCUGGGCAACUUUCAACCCGAAAUCACAGAAAUGUUUCUUGCUAGAUCCUCUUCUAAAGCGCAACAAGUUAUACUUCCUCAUAGUCCUGACUGGCUAUAAUCCGGCCUACACAGUCAUGGCGUCAAGAGGACUAGGGGCCAGUUUUAGGAAAAAUUAAGACAAGAAAAUAGUAUCCCACUUUUUGUAGUCAAAACAUGUCUAAGUUUGUUAUGCGAAAGUUGUAUAUGUGAAACCAGGCCAGAUCUAAGAUAGUUCAUGUACAUCACUGCCUAUUGGGUUUUUUUUUUAUCUUAUUUCAAACUCUCCCCGAGUCAAUUGCCUACAUCAAUAUACAAUCAGGGUGACCUCACACACUGUUGGCCGAUGUAGGGCCACCAUAGCACGGUGUUUCUACAGUUAGUUGUAAACUGUGUUUGGAACCUGAUCUCAAUUGUGUUUGAACUGUACAGAAUAUGAUCUGAUUUUUAACACAUAUUUCAGCCUCAAAUAACAAUUGUAAUUUAUCAUAACAGGGACAGGAACUCUAUUAGUUUAUUUCUACCGUUCCAAUCCUGAAAUUUGAUUAUGUACUUGUAUUGAAAUGUUGAUUAAUUUUGCUCAAUAAAAUAUGUUUAAACCAAAUGAAUACCCUAUAUACUACAAUUGUCUCUCUAGCUACCUACUGUAACUACAGUUACAUGUACAUUGUAUUUUUAAUCAUGUAUGCCAAAAUGAUUUAUCUGCCAAAAUCAAUGUGAAUUUUUAUUCCAGACUGCAUCUUUGACAUACUAGUACUUAUAUAUGCAUAAUUAGAUUGCAAUUUAAUUCAAAUAUAUCUCAUAAUUAAUAAGAAAUGUAUUUUGCCUUUUAUGGGUGAAUUAGUAAAUAUUUUCAAUUUUCAUGGUAUAGGAUUGUAUUCGUGUAAACAGUAAUGCAAAUAAAGGAAAAUACUCGUU